AUGUACACAUCACUGAACAGGCAUUAUCCUGACCUCUUGCGCACAUUUUACAAGAAGUCGCUGCAGGGGGUCGCUCGGAGCGUCCCGAAGGAUGAAGGCGGUGCCUCCAAACGCUUCGGCGGAGCAGGGAAGAUGGCGAGGAAAACAGAAGCUGGAGAAGAAGAACCAACGGUCGCAGAUCGCACGUCCGAUGUCGAGAGUGAAUUGGAGGAGUUCCCACCAUAUGUGGACCCAACAGAAGAGCAAGAGGUCUGUCUGGAUCCUAUUCGUGCACUGAGGAUUCCACGCUCACGGUUUCACACGGUGAAAGAGCUGACGCUCUGUCGCAAGGGUAUCACGCGGCUCCACAGUAAUGUGCAGUUAUUAAAAAAUUUAGACACACUUAUCAUAAGACAUAACCGGCUAAGACAAAUUGACUUUCUGAUUCCCCCGAGAAAUUCUCGUGACGUCUUUUCAGACUCGAGAGUUUAUGAAGAAAGUGCGCUCGUUGACAUUCCUCAUGGCACAUUACGGGGCUGUCGUUUUCUACGACGCCUUUACGCCUCUCACAACUGUCUGCAGACACUGGAUGGUGAUGUUCCCUAUCUGCGAUACCUCGAGGUGUUGUUUCUUGCGCACAAUCGUCUCAGCAACCUUAACGCCGUCUCCGCUCAACUGAGGCCCCUCAAAUGUCUUCGCGAGCUGGACCUGCGUGGGAACCCCCUAUGUGACGAGGAGGGGUACCGCCUCUUUUUGAUUCACGAGCACCCACACCUCGAGGUGUUGGACCGUCGCGUUGUGCGGGACGAGGAGCGCAAGGAGGCCAUCGCGUACUUUGCUUCCGGCGCCGGUGGGGCGGGUCGUCACAGGGGCCAUGGACACCACGCCACAGGCAGCGUUGCGGACCUUGCGGAACCGGCGACAGGGUUGCGGCUAACACUGACGGAGCCAUUCUCGGCAGGGGAGAGAAACGAGGGGAGGAACGACGUGAACCCCACCAAAGGGAACAAAAAGAAUUCCGGACCUUCUGCCAUGGAACAGCCGUUGGUAUCAGCUUUGCCAAGGCAACGGAUGUCAAAUGCGUCUGGUGGUGGUGGUGGUGGGAUGCGGCAGAAUGAGAAGACGAAAUUUUUGGUGGCGUUCCUUCGGACGUAUACGCCGCCCGUUGUCGGGGAGGUUGUUGCCAGCCCGCGCCAGGCUAUUUUUCAGCCAUCCGCGUGCGAGCGCUUACUUGAAGAAAAGGUCUGGCGCGAUAAGCAGCUGAAAAGUAAACGUCAACAAAAAAAGACGCAGGAACUUGCCGCGGAGCAGCAGGAACUGCGAGAGAAACAUCAGGCAUUUCACGCAACGUGGGCACUUUCGCGUCGAGGGAUGCCGUUAUCUGCAGAGAAGUGGGAAAUGCUUACGAAAGCAGUGGAGUCGUCAAACAACACAUCUUUACCGGAUACACAACCUGCCCCGCAGCGCCGCGUCUCUCUGCGUCGUCGUUCAAUUGCGGUGCGUCAACCAUCAACGGAGCAGACGGGAAGAAAGACGUCGAAUCCUGUAAGCUUCAAUUUAGAAAAUGAACCUGUUGAACUGCCGCGGCUCCCUUCACCAACUGUGAGAAAAAGUGAUUACAGCGUCAUGUAUGACGCCCUGCUGGGCCGUUCAAAGAAUGUAGAGAUGAGGAUUGGGCAAAAUUUUUUAUGCCUGCCUGAAAUUCGUCGGCUGGGGCGUAUAAAAAAUAUAUUGGGACAAGUGACGGAAUUCCUGCGCCAACCAGCAGAGGAAAGAGGGGUGAAUCCGAAGCAAUUCAAUUCUAUCCGUGAAAUUCAGCAACAAAAAGACGCCUUGAUCCCAGAGCCAUGGGAACACACAUCCAUAGAGGGACUGACAACGACGAUGAAUUCGGCAGAGCAGCUGGAGUAUCUUUAUCUCAUGGUCAUGUCGUUUUUUCUACCAACUGAAUUUAGUGCUCUUGAGGGGCAUUUUAUGACGAGCACCGGGGAGAUUCUGCCGGUUCAGGAGCCCCCGCGAUCAAAGAAACAGACGAAAAAGGAUAAAUCCCGGCAGAGUGACAGUACACAAACCUUGACAAGUGGCAGUACCUCACUUCUUGUCUCCGCUGCGGCCGCACUAAGGCAGAGGUUACCAGCGGCCCUCACAGCCACAAACAUUGAAGUUGGACCGCCCGAACGAACAACGUUUGUGCAAAUAAUGAAUAUGCUUGAUGAUCAUAGCGGAAUUUGGGACCUUGACCUUGAACGGGUGUCAGAGGCUUUUCGUGAGGAGUAUAUGAGCAAAAAAAAAUCGAUUUGUACGGACGGUUUCCCAAAGGAUGAGGAGAAAAGCGUCGUUGUCUCUUCUUUUCGGCGAGGACGACGUUCCGUUGGAAAGUCGCGAGCCAAAGGAGAAAGUCGCGGCGUGUCCAAAUCCUCACCACGUUGCACUGAUAUAAGAAACGUUGUAUCGAACCCCACGCCAUCGCCGGCGAUUAAGGCAUCCAGCUUAAAAUUAGGCAAUGUUCUAUUGGACAUUGUCCGCUAUUUGCCGUUUGUAAAAAAUAGACUGGCCUUUUUUCAAAGGAAGUGCACGGAAACCGCAUCAAAAGGCGUUAACGGCCCUUCUGGAGAGGCCGCACGGGAGUGGUUUGCCAAGACGCAGAUUGCACUUAUGCACUAUGAACGGCUUUUGAAAGCAAUGAAAAUGGCGAACUUAACCGAGGAGAGUGCUCUUGCCCGUUUGGUGCCACUGGAAAGCAUCGCGGUGCAGGAGGUGCAGGAAGUAGGCUCGUUCUUUCGAUCGCCUGCAGCCUCCUCUUGA